AACCUCUUUGUAUAUGACAUCCGGGCUCUUUGUCACUUUCGCUCAGACAGUUCGAAAAAGAUGUCUACUGCCUCUCGGACCAGGCAGAAGGGUAUCAUGGGGUGAUCGUUUUAAGUGCACUUAGGAUUAUCGGAUAUAUUCAUAUAAAAAAAAAAUAUUUUUGUGAGGCAUUUAUACAUAGAUUGCUAUUGGAUACCCCUGGACUUCCUCGAAAUAGGACUACAUGUAAUCAUCGUUUUGGCAGUAGAUAAAAAAUAUAGGAUAUACAACCCCAGGAAUAUAUAGGCUUAGAUGAUUAUAUUUAAAGUGAAUUCAUAAAGUUGAAGAUGACGAAGUUUAAUUUGCUGAGUUACCUCAGCAACAGAGAAAGAGGGAGAGUGAAGGUCAAAGUCAAAUCCAGAAGGUCAUCAGCAAUGGAAUACCUAGAAGAAAAGGGAGCUAAACCUACUAUUAACCAGCCCAGUGAGCUCUCUGGACAAUGCCGUGCAACGUUUCUUAUGGACUUCAGUCCGGAUGGAACUAAAGUGGCUUCCACACAUGGGGACCACACAGUGAGAGUAUCAGAUGUGGCUACAGGAAAAUGUCUCCACAUCCUGAGGGGUCACCCCCGCACCCCCUGGUGUCUAGCCUUUCACCCAUCAUCCAAUCAGAUCCUGGCUUCUGGCUGUUUGGGAGGAGAGGUCAGAAUAUGGGACCUACAUGGAUGUGGAACAGAAGUUUGGAGGUCCAAGGAUAACCAAGUGAUAACAUCUUUGACCUUUCACCCCACAGACCAUGUGCUGGUGUUUUCUGUGACCAAUCACAUGUAUUUCUGGGACUGGAGCCAACCUGAGCCAUUUGUUGUCUGUAAAACUAAAUAUGAAUAUGAAAAAAUAAGAUGGGUGAAGUUUGACCCCCUAGGUUCCUUCCUGUACACAGGGAUUGCCAACAACACCACAGUACGGCCCCCCUCCAGAGUGUCUUUCAUUAGUGGUAGCUGUAACCCUAACCAUGCCUCCUCCACUAGACGGACCCAGCAGCUGAGCAACGUGUAUGACAAUCUGGUGGAGUGUUUCCAGGCAUCGCAGAGAGACAGAGUCCUCAACCAGGCUGAGGCGGGACAGGAUCUUCAGUCUUCAUCUAGCUUUCAACAUGGAGCAUCGAACCAUCCACACUCACCAGUCCAUGAGGAGGGACUUAAUCUGGCACGGCAGUAUGCCUCUCACAUCACAGAAACAUCGCACAGGUCUCUAUUUGGAGGGGCCCAGAGGACAGAAAUCCCCUCUGGUGCCUCAAAUGACUCCUCCUCACCAGAGACUGACAUGGAUAGUAUAUCUAGUCCUGCAGAUCCUCGCCCACUGAGCCACCACCCUAGAGGAGCUUCAGCAGAGGAUGAUGUAAGUGGAGAGUCGUCACCGAGUUUACUUAGCACAGACAGAGAAUCUAGUCAAACUAGGUCUGUCUCUAAUAACUCUCACAAUGAGAGAGCUCCAGGAAUGCUCAUUGUUACAGAGAGGUCUUCAGAACAAACCAGCCCCCCAUUCCAGUCUUUGGAAACUUCCUCAGGAGUGAGAAUUGUCUCUGAGUCACAAGCAAUGAAUGAAUCCGUCCCUGGCAGACAGAAUGGUCAAGCUCCGACAACAGCUUUCACUGUAGCAGCAGAUGAGGAUGGAGUGGAGGAGGUAGUCAAUCUCAGUGAUUUAGCCUUGCAGGGCUUAUCUUCUAACGAACGCUCUCAGCAUUCCCAAUCUAUAAACUGUGACAGAAAUAACUGUUCUGUAUGUGGUAACUUUGACACUAGGCACAUCAGAAGAGUGUGUGAAUCUGAAAUGUUUACACAACUGAGGGCCAGACGGAGGAAUCUACAGAAUUGUAUGAACAGUGCUUCAGCACGGAGUGCAUUCUCUCGCCCUUACACCUAUAACAGGUUUGGCUCACUGGUGAGACCAGAAAUACAUUCACUACAUGACCCUAGUGAACUAGGAGAGAUGCACGAGAUAAGACGGGUAGAAAAUCCUAACAUAGGAGCUUCUAAUAUGGACCAUGAGUCUUCUAACACAAAUGUGCCCAGUAACACCCAAGGUGAUGCUCGUCUCACCCAGGUAGGGGAUAACAUUGACAUUUGUGCCAGCAUCCAUGAGAACUUUGCCUCCAUUACAGCUCGUAUCGAACGCGAGAUGAACGAGUUAGAUAGGAGGAUAAAUAACUUGAGGAAUACUUUUAAUGAGAGUCUGAGACGGUUACAACAUCACCGAGUGUCUUUCUUGUCUGCCCGCGAAGGAGAUGUUAAUGGGCGUCGAUCAUUUAUUGUGGCCCGGCACACCCAGCAGGCUGAGGGGGCCUCCUCCAGCCGAUCUGAAGAUGGUACGCAUUCCAUUGAGAGAGGGCAGCACCUGUUGGAGACAGCUUUGAGAUCCUCUCAUCUGGAUAGAACCAGUACUCACACUCACAAUAUCCCACGGGAUCUGGACUCCUCCCACACUUGGCAGUCCUUGGAACGACAUCACCUUCACCCCCACUACUCUGUCAGUAUCCUAGACAACACGAUUAAUCGGCCCAAUGACCCAAUUCAAACUGCCAUCAACAGAGCUAUAGCGGAUGCCUUUAUGGGACGAGGUGAACCGGCGGUGGCUGCAAACAUAAUAAACCACACUUAUCGCAUACAGGCGUGGGACUUCUCCAAGUGCAAUAUACCGGACCUCACUGAUACAAAGUCCAACAUUGUCGUACAGCACUGUAAACUCCACAAUGAAGCUAGCUGUAACCUAUCCCAGGACGGCACCAUGCUGGCUACAUUUGUACCGAGUCAUCGAGGAUUUCCUGAUGACAACAUCCUGGCGAUUUACUCACUGGAACCAAAGACUCGCGGACAAUGCCUCUUUACUAAGAGCUUUGGUCCCAAUGCCAUUUCUGUGAACCUUUCCCCUGGGGGUGGGUAUGUGAUGGUAGGACUGGCUGCCAAACAACUCUCCUGGGUCUUCACCCCCAAUCAGUUGGUUGCACAAAUUUUGAAGUUAGAAAAUAGACAUGCUGGUGAAAAAUCAAUGCAGCACGUCACUGAUGUGAUGCACCCCUGCGACAUGGAUAUCCGCACUCACGUCAGCGUAAACUCGGCACGGUGGCUCCCAGAAGCAGGGGAGGGCAUCGUAUACGGAACCAACAGAGGAGAUCUACACAUCUGUAAGCCUGGAACGAAAAUGUCUGUAAAGGGAGAUAACUCGGAUGAUCGGUCCAUCAGGAGAAAUUUGAUGCACAUGCUCAGAAUGUCAGGUGAACAGGAAGUCCCUCGGAUAAACACAUCCACACAGACUCCGGGUGUUCGACGGAGUGCAGCCACCCAGACAGACAGAGAGGAUAAUGUGUAAUCGCUCCUGGGGAGAGAGGAACUUGAGAUCGUCAGCUAUGUAAUCUUGAAUCAAAUUCAAGACUUACUACAUACAUAAUAUAAGAGAUCUUUACAUUGCAUGUAUUAGAAACGAAGAAUUUAUUUUAACAAAUUCUGUUGUAAUAUACUUGUAAUAAUCAUUUGUCAUUUAUCAGUUUUAAUGACAAUGCUCAUGUAAUAGGGCUACAGUUUUAGUAAUAAAAAAAGGGGGGGGGGGGGUCAGAUUAAUGUUAUUUUAACACUCUGAUUCUGAAUUAAAUAAUUAUCAUUUCAUCUGUUUGCCCACCCAUCAUUAGGUCUACUUUCAAUAUCCAUGAUAAGAAUGGACUUGACAUUUUAACAUGGAGAAGAGGGGUUGGAUUAGUCACCUGUUUGGGGAAUGCCAUAUUAAUGCCACCUUAUUGAAGAUUUACUUUCAAAUUACGUUACAUCUAGAUAUAAAUGUUAUGUAUAUUUAUUGUGUAUUGCUUUCAUGGUGUUUCUUCUUGGUGCAAAAAAAGGCAAGUCAUUGAUCUAAUGAUGUGCUGAUUUCUCUAUACUGCUCUUUCUUUUACAAUUAAAUACAAAUCUUGCUUUUGUUGAUCAAUCUUGAAGGAUUUGAAAUUUAAUUAUUGCCAUCAGAAAAGGUGUUAUUAAAAUUUGAUGCAGCAAAAGAAAUUGAUAUGCUUGCCAAGCAAGCCAAAAACAAAAAAAUUAUGUCUCUUUUUCAAGACAAAAAAUCAUGAAUUUAUUGCAUGUGUUGUUGUCAACGAUUUCAAAUUUAGCUGGCAAAGAAACUUUUUUUUUACAGAAAAACCUGUAUGUUGUUCAUUAUAAAUGCUUUGUUUCAUGUGUAUUGUUUUUGUUAUGGGUCUGUCUGUAAUAAAAAUAGGGUGCCAAUA